AUGUUCAAUCUUUUUUUAGCGGUUUCCCCAGAGAUUUUUCUCAUUAAUGCAACCUUCAUUUUGCUCAUUCAUGGAGUUGUAUUUAGUACCUCUAAGAAAUAUUCUUAUCUGCCGUUAGUCAGUAAUGUGGGUUGGCUUGGAUUACUUAGUGUCGCGCGCCUAGGAGGGCAGCGCGCUUUGGGAUGCGAAGGAGCUAUUAUCGUCCAGCUCCCUAACCUAAUGUGGCACCGGGUUUGGACCGCAGGGAACCAUAGCAUGGAGGGACGUCUAAUCCUUUUUUUUGUCGCCGCAAGGCUGGCUAAUCGUACGCAGCAGCUACCUUCAGGCACCCUGGUUCUGGAAGGCACAUGA